UUGCUUCUCAUGUUAACAGAAGUUCACUUCAUGAAAGUUAUCACAAAGAGUGUUGGAUUUAUUAGAAGAAUCACAAAAUGGGUCGAUCAAUUACUUGUCCAUGCAGCAGCAGCAGUCCAUUUUUCAUUUGUUGUAAAUUAUCUGCGGGGUUCAGGUUUGAGUGAUUCAAAUGACAGUCGAAAGCAAGUGAGCCACGAUAAAUCGUUUUAAGGGUUCCCAUGGAUUGAAUUCUAUGAACUAAUAUAAGUUCUCCAAGAAAGGUCCUGAUCCGAUCCCAACAGGUUGCGCUCGACCAGAGGACCGGGGUAGGAUCCACGGCGUGCUCUAGGAGGCGACGUCCCUUCGGUCACGACUUUGUUCAUACGAAAACAAAAAUGAACCCCCAUGUUGCUUUUUUUGCUUCACUGAAACAGGUGGAAAGAAGAUUGGCAUCGGAAAACACCAACAAAUCCACCUCUAAAUCCAACACCCCUCACUUGGAAGCAGAUACAGUAAUCAAUAAGGCGAUCCAAGAGAGCAAAACCCAUCUCUCAGAAUCAAGCAAAAGCACGAACAAGACAGCCUCAGAGAGCAAACACAACCUUACAAUAUCUAUAGACCAGCAACCGCUCUCUCCUUUUAGCUCAUCACUUAUCUAUAUCAACAAUGAAAGCCCAAAGCUUCUUUCCCUCCAAGGAAGUGACCCACCUCCUGAAUUCCUCUCCUACUCGCCAGAUUUCGACUUGUCGCCGGAAAGCAGCCCUCCUAUACCUCCAGAGGGUUUUGACUUGCUGGACGUGGAUGCCUCUGGCGAUGAAAUUGAUCAGUUGUGUGAUCUGUUGGGCCUUCAAGAUUUGAGUUGUGGCAGGGAAAGGAAGGAGGGUGGACAGAAGGAAAGGUGCUUUUGUGGUCUCUGCUCUGGUGGGUUCCUCUCAAAAGUUGGCGUGAAGGGUCCCAAGUGCGACGGAGAGAAGAGAAGAUUGGAAGGGUGGAUUAAUUAUUUCGCGGAGGCCGAUUGCGACACGGGAAAGACAAAGGAGCCGCUUAGGCUGGCUCAUUUGCUUCUAGCAAAAGCUGCUUCAGAAGGGAUUGGUGGCAGCGGCUGCAUUGAGUUUCCAGAAACAGCACAAGAAUUCUUUUCGCAAGAGCCGCCGGCCUCUUGAAUGAACGCGACAAACAAUGCCUUGCCAUCGUGGUCUCUGUGCAAGACUCUCCUCUCCGUGGCAUUUCAUCGAACUUGUUGUUGCCGUCCUAAUCGUCCAUUUCGACAGUAAGCUGGGAUCAAGUGGCUCGUCUGGACGCAUGCAAACCAAAUGUGAUUAAAAGGAAAGAAGAGCACUCCAAUUUUCUUCCUAAUCAUGAACCUUUAACAACCCGAGCAGUCAAUGGUUCCCAGAAAUCUUGAGUGAGCCCGAGGACAACAAUCUUGAUUUGGUUAGGGUUUGAAAGUUUGUAUUCUUUUCUCUUAUUUGCAUUAGAUUUUUUAUAUAUCUAACUGAUGAAUCUGAGUUGUUUAUAUCUUUGUUAA